AUGUCAGUGUUCAUUAGAACGAAAACGAAUUGUUGUGGUCGAUCAUGGUGUGUCCGAGAUCCAUGUGGAAUCAUGUGUGCAGUCGUAACAUGGUUUCUGAUAGCAUACGGACAAGUUUGUGUGUUUAUGGUUAUGUUAUACUCAUGGGAAACAUAUCCAAUUCAUACAGUCUUUAACUUUUUGAUAUUCGAAACGUUCAGUGUACUGGCGGUUAUUAGUCAUUUGAAGACCAUGAUGACUGAUCCAGGAGCAGUGGCGAAAGGAGACUGUACGGAGGAGACAGUUGAACGGAUGCAGUUGUUAAAUGGACAUACUGCAAUCUAUAAAUGUCAAAAAUGUUCGAGUAUCAAACCCGAUCGAGCACAUCAUUGUUCAGUUUGUGAACGAUGUAUACGAAGGAUGGAUCAUCAUUGUCCUUGGGUUAACAACUGUGUUGGAGAGGGGAAUCAGAAGUUUUUCGUGUUAUUUACCAUGUACAUUGCACUCCUCUCAAUGCACGCUCUUUAUUGGGGAAUAUGGCAAUUUGUGCUGUGUGUCGGUGCCGAGUGGCAGAAAUGUUCCUCCCUAACACCUCCAGGAACAACGCUUCUACUCAUUUUCUUGCUCUUUGAGUCUAUUCUUUUUGCGAUUUUCACUGCAGUCAUGUUUGGAACUCAAAUUUCAUCGAUUUGCAAUGACGAGACGACGAUUGAGUCGAUGAGAAGUCGAAAUGCGAUGUUGGACGACGAAGAACGACAACGAAACAAUUCGUGGAAAAAUUUGCAGCUUGUAUUCGGCGGACCGUUUGGUAUACGAUGGUUUAACCCUCUCGCGAAUCCAUUCGUUUCGAGACCCACUUUCGAGUAUUCUGUUUGA